AAAAGUGCAAGAGAGGGUGAGAGAAAGAAAAAGAAAAAAACACGGUUCGCGAUACGGUUCACGUCAAAGACCCGCCUCUAAGAGCCAUUUCGUUCGCGACCAACACAUCACUACCAGGCUGGAGCCCAGCCCCUCUCCAGGAGGCUGGUUCUAGGGUCCAAGUCAUGCGUUGAGAUGGUUCCACUCAUCAACACAGCCAUUGAUGCCCUGAUGAAGAAUUUGCAUGUCUACGCUGAGUCAGGAGAGGCCUUUGAUAUCCACAGAUACUUUGGCUACUUUACCAUGGAUGUUAUUGCCAGUGUGGCAUUUGCAACUCAUGUGGACUCGCAGAAUAACCCAGAUGACCCGCUUGUCCAACACGCUCAGAUGGCCUUCAUCAAUGAUUCCUUCAAGUCUGUCUUUUUACUUUUCUUUGCUUUUCCCUCCAUCAUGGCUCCUCUGUCGAGGUUCAUACCCAACAAAAGACAAGACAAGAUGAGUCAUUUCUUCAUUAACAGCAUUCACAAAAUCAUCAAACAGAGAGAGGAGCAGCCUCCUGAGCAGAGGCGUAGAGACUUCCUUCAGCUGAUGUUAGAUGCUCGAACCACCGAAGAGUGUGUGUCAUUGGAGCGCUUUGACACAUCAAAUGACACCGAUGAGAUCGGUGACAACAACCAGCAGACCCAGUCUUCAGGCACAGUUCAGGAAAAUGACCCUCCUCUUUCACAGGAGCCGUCUGUCAGGCGUCCACAGAAAAAGAUGCUGACUGAGGAUGAGAUUGUUGGUCAGGCUUUCAUCUUCCUCCUGGCAGGCUAUGAAACCAGUAGCAGCACUCUGGCGUUCACCUGUUACCUCUUGGCUGUCCACCCUGAAUGUCAACUCAGAGUACAGAAAGAGGUGGAUGAUUUCUACACUAGACAUGACUCACCUGAUUACACAAAUGUCCAGGAGCUGAAGUAUUUGGACAUGGUUACAUGUGAAGCAUUACGCCUCUACCCUCCUGGAUUCAGGUUUGCACGAGAAGUUGACCAUGACUGUGUAGUGAAUGGCCAGUUCCUUCCUAAAGGAAUAACAGUGGAGAUCCCUGCAGGCUUCCUCCAUUAUGACCCGGAACAUUGGCCAGAGCCUGAGGAGUUCAUCCCAGAGAGGUUUACACCAGAGGCCAAGGCCAGUCGACACCCAUUCGUAUACCUACCGUUUGGGGCCGGCCCUCGUAACUGUGUGGGAAUGAGGCUCGCCCAGCUUGAAAUCAAAAUGGCUUUAGUGCGCCUGUUCCAAAGCUUCAGCAUUGUGGCCUGCUCUGAGACCAAGGUUCCUCUUGAGUUGAAGUCGUCAAGCACUCUUGGACCUAAAAAUGGCAUUUAUGUGAAAAUCACAAGAAGGGACCAAAGAGAUGGUCCAUUCAUUUCUCCAUCAGAUGAUUAGACACCAACCUGAGGCUCAGGGUCUUUGUGUGUCAUGCCUUUCCUUUGAUUUACAGCAAAAUAUUUUCAUAGUUACUGACAUUCUGCAUACCUCAAUGAUUCAGCCCACACAGUGAUCUGAAAAGUCGUUAUAAUGAUAAUAUUGCCGCUGUAAUGAUAAACACAGUGGCACAAAAGUGCUGUUGAUCCAAGUGCUCUUUACCAGUCUCUCUCUUUUGGAUACAGUUUAGGUCAGGGUGCACCAUGCGGGUCAUUCAUUUGUGAGUGUGCUACAACACAGCUCUGAAUGGCACUUCUCACAGUCACACGUUUCUACUUUAAGCGAGUCGAAUUUACAAAAUAAUGACAUAUUUUUGGCAAAAAAGUUGUGUUUUUGUUACUGAUACACUGAAAUCUUUGAUGGAGCAUGAAGUGGUCGUAACUCUGUGCCACCAAAGCUGCUAUUUGAGGGUGAAGUAAGUGGUUUUAUAAUAGGAAAAGAAAAUCUUUGUUGUUUUGUUCCUGAUGACUCUUGUCCCUGUUACAUGUCUCAGGAUAUGAAACACUCACUGCACUUUAACUCUGUGGGACAAAACAUUAGAAUCCUUUCAUUACCUGUGUUGAUGAACUCAUUCAUUAUUAUUAUUAUUGCACCUCAUUGGAACAUCAGUUUCCUAUACUCAUAUCCAAUCUGUCAGUUUAGAUUUUUGGCCAUUACUUGAGAAACUGCAGUGCUGAAAUGUAAAUGAUCUAAAAG